UUUGCUUGCUCCCAAUGCAGGAAUUGCCUGGUUUGCCCCAUGGACCCCCUGAGACUGUCAUUAUCCCCUCCUAAAGCCAGGAAGCCAUUGUGUCCUCCAUCUCUGUGCAGCUCUGUCAUUACCAUAGGCGACUUGGUUUUGGACUCUGAUGAAGAAGAAAAUGGCCAGAAGGAAGGAAGGGAGUCUCUGGAAAACUAUCAGAAGACAAAGUUUGACACCUUGAUCCCCACCUUCUAUGAAUACCUCCCCACUUCUGGCCCCAGUGCCAUGUCUGUCCCUCCCGUGACUGUAGAGACAGGUCUAGACACUUAGGACUGAGAUUCCCUCUGCACUCUGCCUGUCUCCUUCCUCAGCUCUACAGUUUAGUGGGAAUAAAGCAGAAGCCCGGGCUUGGGUGACCUGACUACCUUGCUAAAAUUACCUUGUAAUCCUUGUUAAUUAAAAUUUGGAUUUG